UUUGGUUUAUUUUUAUAUGGUCACACGCGGUUUACUAAUGGCAGCAGCGACUUUACGUAAAACCCCAAUAAUUGUGGGAUGCCUGCAGAGGAGUUUUGCCUCCACUGCCAAGGCUGCAAAGAGGAAGCCCAUUAAGACUGUGUCAUUAUCUGCAGUAGGCGAAUCAAUUGCCGCCAAGGGUUUCCUGCGUCCUCACAAGCCGUAUUCACCACCUAAAGAUGCAGCCAAACGUAUACGCAAUUUAGCCUCCUCCCUCCAGUUGAAAAAUGAUGAAUUGGGAAAUCUUUCCGAGAAGUUCAAGUUCUUAAAUGCGUGCUUUCAGGAGCUACAGCAUGGAGUGCCCAACUCCCAGGUUCAUGAACUGCGCACCAUCAGUGAUGUUAUAGCCUUCUACGAGACACCUGUGGACACAACAGUUCCAUAUGAUGCACUGAAGCGCGUUGAACUGCCGGAGAAUUUGCAUAUCCAGUACGAGUACUUGCGCUUCAAUCCCGAAACAGAUACCAAAUUCGGCGGCAAGACGGCCUUCCCCAAGAGUUCAACGCUGGUUACGGGACUUAAAUACCGCUCAAAAUACGAAGGGCACGAAGCCAAGCGAUCUUGGCCUUAAAAUAUCCCAUUUGUUAGUUGUUAACAUUUUACUUUUAUUAAAUUUCUGGUGUUUAUCAGAUCUCGCCUACCGUUCAGAUUUAAA